AUGUCACCUUCCGCCACCUCUAAUCAUCCAAACUUGAGCUCCACCUCAACAUGUCUAGCCACUCGAACAACAACCAGAACAAGCAAGCAGAGGAACAUAUGUUCCAUAUUCUCCCUCAUCCAGCUGUACGUAUCCAUUCCCCUCUCCUCUCUGAUUUUUGUGGGAGGUACGUCAUUCAGCUUGCUGGAUGUGGCCUAUCAGGGUGGCUACCACCCACUUCCCUUACAUAAGACGAAUAACCCUGCCGAUUUGCGAAACGAGUCGAACCCCAUCGGGAGUGUAAUGUCUUCUAUCGCUCAGCUGGGCGACAAGGGACCUCAUAUCUUGAGCGAUGAACAAAAGAAGGGAGUAGAGGAGCCUCUGAGUCGCGAUGAACUGAGACGAAGGGCGGCAGAGCUGAACAAGUGA